CGCCGCCGCCGCCGCCGCUCCCGGAGCCCCGCGAUGCUCCGCCGCCGCCUGCCCCUGCUCGGGCCCGGGCUGCUGCUGCUGCAGACGGUGUGUGCUGGCGGUCACGUCGCCAAGACCUUGGGGUACCUGGAGAUGGGCACCUCCGGCCUCCUCAAGGAUGUCCCCUACGGCACCCUGAAGCCGCCGGUGCUCGACCCCGGGCGGCUCAUUCCGGCAGAGCCGCCCCGGGGCGCGGGGACACCGGCGGGCACCGGACGGAGCCCCUGGGACUGGCAGAAGAACCAGACGGCCGGGGAGCUGCUGAGCCCCCGCGCCCACCGCAAGCCCAUCCUCAAAUCGAGCCGCACCAAGAAGAUUUUUGGUUGGGGCGACUUCUACUUCAACAUCAAGACGCUCAAGUUCAGCCUCCUGGUGACGGGGAAAAUCGUCGAUCACAUCAACGGCACCUUCAGCGUUUACUUCCGACACAAUUCCUCCAGCCUGGGCAACGUCUCGGUCAGCAUCGUGCCCCCCUCCAAGGCGGUGGGGUUUGAGGUGCUGGUGCCAGGCCCCCCAGCACUGCCGCGACCACCGCCCCCUCCCCAGCAGAGCACCCUCCCCGAGGGGCGCCCGGCCAAGGCGCUCAAUUGCCACGUGGAGUACGAGAAGACGAACCGGGCUCGGAAGAACAAACCGUGCCUGUACGACCCGUCCAAGGUGUGCUUCACCGAGCACACGCAGAGCCACGCGGCCUGGCUCUGCGCCAAGCCCUUCAAGGUCAUCUGCAUCUUCAUCUCCUUCCUCAGCAUCGACUACAAGCUGGUGCAGAAGGUCUGUCCCGACUACAACUUCCAGCACGACAACCCCUACUUCGGCUGAUGGCAGCGGAGCAGGGGAUGGGUGGGGGAACGGGGGGGUUGCAGCUCCCCGUUGUCACUUGGGGGCUUCUGUCACCCCCACACCGGCUCCCUCUUCAUCACUGGAGCAUCUCCGUGCUGGGUUGGGGGACAGCCGGUGCUGGGGGUCCUGGACCCCACCCAAUGACAUCCCAUCCCCGCAGCAUCCCUGCGCCACAGUGGGGUACACCCAGUUCUGGGGGUCCCACCCACCCACUGAGACCCCAUCACUGAGUACCCCAUAGCCGGUGCUGGGGGUCCCAGUUCCCUCCCAGUGACAUCCCAUCACUGGGGCAGAGCCGGUGCUGGGGGUCCUGAGACCCAUUCUGGGGUACACCCGUUCCUGGGGGUCCCCUCACCCACUGAGACCCCAUCACUGCAGCCCCCCCAUUCUGGGGUACACCCGUUCCUGGGGGUCCCAUCACCCACUGAGACCCCAUCACUGCAGCCCCCCCAUUCUGGGGUACACCCGUUCCUGGGGGUCUCUGCCCCCUCACCCACUGAGACCCCAUCACUCCAGCCCCCCAUUCUGGGGUACACCCGUUCCUGGGGGUCUCUGCCCCCUCACCCACUGAGACCCCAUCACUGCAGCACUGCCUGUGCUGGGAAUCCUGGACCCCCACCCAUUGAGACCCCUCCCCACCCACUGAAACUCCACCACUGCCCCACCCGGCUCCACAUCGGGUACAACUGGUGCUGGGGGUCCCGGCCCCCCACCCACCGAGACCCCCCCACUGCAGCUGGGGGGGUGCAGGCACGGAACCCCCCCAUGCUGGAGACUGGGCGGGGGUCGCUGCACUGGGGGACACAGCCCCGUGCGAUGUCACCUCUGGGGUGACACGGGGGGGGGGGUCAGGGU